UUAACUUCGGACAAAAAAGAGUAUAUCGGGAACUAAAUUCAAGAUUGAAGUAUAUAUAAACAUAGGCAGGUCGCCUUUUUUUAUUGUUUCUUUUCUUCAUGCAAAUUUAUCGAUGACACCACAGGACGGCCCACCUAAGGAUUUGAAUAAACCUAUUACCAAUUACGUACUUAUACCACUAGCCCUUGUUCAAUCACAUCUCUUUUGGCUCUGUUCAGCCGUCUGCUGGGUCUUUAAAGAAUCAGGCAUCAUAACUGAUGACAAACCUAAUGUUCAUAUCAAACGAAGUAGAGCACAUUCUGCGCCGCCGUCAACAGAUAAUACGACAAAUAAGCAGCUCACAAAGCCAACACAACGCCGAGCGAGUUUACCAGAACCAAUUUCUUGUAUCAGAAGCAAACCUACAGCACAUGAUGAGCGUAAAGGAACGACAUGCCCGCCUGUUUGGUGGCAAAAGACAAGAGUUAAGCUAGGACAUGCACCAGUACAUGGUGAUCCUAAGCCAGCUUUAGGAACAAAGAUGUCAUUGCCCAGAGAAUAUGCUGAUACGCCGAUGACUAGAGUUGACACAGCUGGAUCAUCAAUUUCUUCAAGUAAAUCAACCAAACGGUCAAAAAGAAAGCUUAUCUCAAAAUUAUUCCAUCGUAAAUAGUUUAAUAUCUCCCCUUAUCCUAUUAUCUUUAUGUAUAUUAUGUAAAUAUAUUCAUUAUUCAUUAGUUUAAAUGUACAAAUUCCCUAUGUGUAUGUGUUAUGCUCAAUAAAUCAUUUUUUAUACCGCUGUCACUUCGUCACAGCUGC